AUAAAAACAUUGUAUUGUCAUCGAUCUUUCAUAAGUGUACAAAGUUUGAUUUAAAUAUGUCCGUUUGAGGUGGGUCAAAAGCUAGUCUAAACGAGUCGAUUACAUACAAACAUACAAGUGAAGCUAAUAAAAGCGUGCUAAAAUAUGUAGGUACACGCAAAUAAUCCUCUUUUCCAAUUACCAUAUUGUCAAUUAAGGCGAGGUAAUGUACCUAAGAGAUAUAAUGUGUUAUGUACUAACAUCUCUAUUGUAUUUAAAAGUAGCACUUACCAUACACAAGUAGGUCAGUUAGGUACUCCUUAAUACGAUAAAUAUCAAGAUACUUUCAAAUGUUCCUUGAAGGAACCGGAUAAAUUUAUCGUAAAGAUCUUAUCGUAGGCCCGUUACCCUAAUCACCGCACAAAGAGGGGAGUAUUCCCAGAAUUAGUUAAUACGAUGAUUGGGCUCAGUCCGUUACUAUUCGUUGACCCGACGCUGCCCAAAUAGUUAAGUGUUUCACUAGUUUGUUUAAACUUUAAAAUUUUAAAGCUUUAGUUUAAAAUAACGUUCUACUAAAAUUUAUCAUUGUACCUAGCGAGUAUCAACUAUUUAACACGUUCAAAUAAUGCAGAUAUAUUCUCUCUUAUUUAUGGUGGGAUGCGCCGGAGUGGUGUUAGGCGCAGCGCAAAUGUCCGACGGACAAUUAGAACGGACGUUGGCUGAUAGAACUACCAUGCAAAGACACAUUAGAUGUGCUCUUUCAGAGGGACCCUGUGAUUCUGUUGGAGUAAGACUUCGAACAUUAGCGCCGUUAGUGUUGCGAGGAGCCUGUCCGCAAUGCUCGGCACAAGAAACACGGCAAAUUCGUCGAACUCUCGCAUUUGUUCAAAGGAACUACCCGUGGGAAUGGGCCAAAAUUGUACGCCAGUAUGGUUGAGACAAUAUUUCAUUCUGCAUCUAAACGGUCCACAAAGUACCACCUAUUCUUAUUCUAUUUGUAAUGCAUUAUUUAUAUAUUUUGUUAAUACUAAAGAUCUAAAUUAAUUAAAACGCAUUUUAUUUUUCAAGAAAAUGAAGCUUAGCGGCUAGUGCGCGUUUUUUUUUAAUUGGGAUUUCUUUUUUAAACUUUUUUUAAAAUAACCAUCUAACUCGAACAAUGUCCUAAGCUUUACAUGUUCGUAAUGAAGAUAAUUUAAUGUACCUAAUUAAUUAAUAUUUUGGUUGUUAUUAACCCAUUUACAUUAUGUUUGUAAGCGAUUUAACAUUUAUGUAAACAUAAGCAACCGUAUUAUGUUUAUGUUUACGCACAUUUACUAUGAUCAUGCGUGAACUAUUUAAGUCUUUGAUUUAUUCUAUAAUUUAUGGUUCGUAGAUAUUUAUAUUAUUAUGUAGCUAGUUAAGUACUUAUAUCUGUAUCAUAUCAUAUCAUUAGUGCUUUCCAAGAAUGGUUUUGAAGUCAUGUUCCAAAUCCGAAUAAAAUGAGUAACAUGCGAAAAGAUUUUUAUUUUGUAACAUCGCGUAGCGCGACGUUCGGUUUCCAAGUUCUCUGUAGAGGGGAGCUGUUAAGUAAGAGGUUACGGCAUCAGCUGCCCCGGCAUUCUCUCUCGAAACAUACGCUAGCAUAAACACACCACUGGUUCGCAAAUGAACAGUGUAGCAUUUAGUUAUUAUAGAUAGAUCCGGGUCCAAACGAUAAUCCAAA